AUGUCCCUACGCUCAAAUUGUAGGCUGCUGAUUCAACCGUUGACAAGGGCUGGUCCCUCCGCUUCAAUUUCACUUUUAUCAUCAUCCAAUAAUAUUGUUAACGUCUCUCAGUCAUGCAAUAACAGAACUUUAUUGGCUCUGACACGACAAGCAUCAUAUUCCUCAUCAUCCACAUCACCAAGAUUAAAGGAUUCAGAAUUUGCUAAAUAUAAAGAAUACUAUCGAAAUUUGAAAUCAUUAACAAUAAAUGAAAUACCAGAGGAAAUAGCAUCCAAAUCCCCACUUCUAAUUACUCUACAUAGCAGAUUGCAACUACCUGAAUCAUUCAAAUAUUCAACUUUAUCAAGAUGUCUUACAUGUAGAUCAUCUCAAUUACCUACGCUCCCUUCAUCUACUUCACCAAAGACAGUUACAUUCUCGAAGGAUUAUUGCGAUAAUCAUGGUUUAAAUAUUUUCGGGAAGAAUAUCCUAAGUUACUACGUGACGAAAAAAUUAUUAGAAAAAUAUCCAAGGUUACCUACCGUAAUAUUAAACGCCGCAAUUGAUUCAUACAUAUCAGAUUAUGUAUUAUCAUCAAUUGGAUCUCAAUGGGGGAUUGAUAUUGAAAAGCAAACUGUUAUGGAAAGAUAUUUACAAAAUGAACCAUUCGAAAUCACUUUGGGUAAAUUAAGAUUCUACAAUAAUUCAUUAAAUUAUAAUGACGGUAUUGAAAUUGUCUCUUGGAAAAAGAAAUUCAAUCAAGUGAAGGCCAUGUCUUUAGCGGUGAGAAGUAUAAUUGGGUCUCUGUGGAUUGAAAGUGAUCAAAUGGCGGAACAACAACAAAUUAAGAAGAAUCUGGCCUUUAAGUUUAUUGAUGAUCAUAUUAUAAGUAGGAAACUUGAUGUUUCUAAAUUAUUUAUGUUCGAACAACCAACGAGAGAGUUAAGUAAAUUAUGUGAACGUGAAGGGCUUGAAAGACCUAUAUCAAAGUUAUUAGCUGAAUCUGGUAGAGCAUCCAAGGCUCCUGUUUUCAUUGUUGGUGUCUUCUCUGAUAAGGAAAAAUUAGGUGAAGGAUAUGGAUCAUCUUUAAAAGAAGCAAAGGCAAGAGCUGCUACGGAUGCUCUUUUGAAAUGGUAUUGUUAUGAACCAACGAAUUUACAAUCUCCUGUAAUAGAUCCCGGUACUGUCAUAGUCUAA